AUUUUUGCUAAUGACAAAAAUUUCUGGAAAGUCAGAAAGGUUCCUUACAUUUAAAGAAUGCAACCAAAUUUCUCCAUUCACAUAAUUACAUUGCUACUUCUUCUAAUUAUCAAGUUAGCCUACAUCUAAUUGAAUACUGUGAAGCAUUAUCCUUAUUUAGUCAAAAGUUACUUAAUAAAAGGUGUUAUGGAUGUUGAGUGGACCAGGUGGUUGUGGAAAUUAAAUCAAGCACUUGGUGGAGUAAGACGGUCUUACGGCGCAAUAGUUUUCAUUAAUGAUUUAUUUAUUGGAUCUACAGAUGAAUUCCAAUCAUAUUUAGAGAGUCAUUACAAUUUUAUUUUUAACUUGUAUUUCAUAAAUUACUGUAAAUGUAUUUACCAAGAUAUUGAACAUUAUUAUAACAAAGAUAAAGUAACUUUUUUAAAAAUGGUUUUCCUUAGCAAAAAUAAGACAAUUGGAUACAUUAUUUUUGUUCUGCUAAAUGAAUUAGUACCAAAGACGUGCAAUUAUUUCAAAAACCUAUGCAUGGACAUUACUAAUGGUUAUUUCAACAGUCCAGUGCACAGAAUAUCCGUUGACAACGGUUUUAUACAGGCCGGGCGCUUAGUUAAUCGAGGUGAAUUUUUAAAAAAAGAAAACUACCAUGUAAGACACGACAGAAGAGGUGUGUUGUCGUUAGCCGGUCGGCAGACUUCCUAUAAUGGCCCGGAAUUUGUAAUAAGUCUUCGAUCGAACCCGUGGAUGGAUGGGAAAUAUGUGGCUUUCGGGUACGCCGUUGAAGGCGAGAAGACGCUCCGAGCUUUGGAAACGUCGUUGGCCGUCCGAGAGGUGCCCAUCGAUCCGAUACGCAUAGGGCACUGUAAUUUGUUAGUUAAUCGUGAUUCCCAAGAGGACACUUGGCCGGACGUUAAUCUGUUCGUGCACAGGCUGAUCGACGAGUUGCUGCAAAAAGCCAUGUACAUACAAGUGUACGGACGGCCCGAAAGGUACUCGAUCGAGCUCACCGACAGCGAGUACGCGGAGACGUUGACCCGUAUUCUCAUGUGCAAAUUGUUGCGAAUAAUCGAUCAGCUACCGUCGAUCGGUUUUGACGUCGAGACUUCUGCGUCGUCAAAAACUCAUUUGACGUCAGUUCCCAGUGUUCGAUCCGACUGGGAAGAGCAUAUCAUCAAAACAGUUGAUUUAGAUCAACGGGAACCACAUAGAUAUCGACCAUUCGUUCACGUGUAA